AUGCUUGAGGAGAGUAGUGUUUUUGGACACAAUGAUAUGAUGGAGUGUGAUGAUGAACCUGUGGAAGAACCAUCGGUUCCAUAUGAGAAAGCCAAAGUAACAGCGGAAUCUUCCCUGUUAGCAUCAUCAUCAUCCGCCCAACAACAACAAUUACAACAACAAUCCGGCUAUACUUCACGCCUUUCAGGGGCGCAUACAUUUUAUCCGCGUGACAUUGAAACACGCGAACGUAACGAUAAUGGUGAUGGUGGAAGCCGUACAUCUAGUAAACAAGAUGCAGAAGAAGAAAGGGAGUUUGUGGAUGAAUUUGGUUUCGUAGUAGAUGAAGAAGAAAAAAAUAGGGAACUUCUCUAUGUUAAAAAUAUAGAUGGAAGGAAAAUAGUUCGUCGUGAGGUAAAAUGGGCUAAUAUGGCUUCAGACUGGGAUAAUGUGAAUACCAAACGUCAUGAUAAGUUAAAAGAACGUUGUCGUAAAGGAAUUCCAGCAAGAUUACGAGGUAUAGCUUGGCAAUUGUUAUUAGGAUCACGUAGACAAAUGUUAGAUCCCGCUAACAUUGGCACUUAUGAAUGUUUACGUACUAAAGAACUUGCAGAUACAGAACUGUGUAGUGUUAUUAGUCGAGAUCUUUCACGAACAUUUCCAAAACAUAUUCUUUUUAGAGAAGAAGGAGGAGUUGGACAAACUUUUUUACGAAAUGUACUUCAUGCCUAUGCUUCUGUAGACCCAGAAGUUGGAUAUGUGCAAGGAAUGGGAUUUGUUGUUGGUGCACUCUCUACACAAAUGGGAGAGGAAGAAACAUUCUGGGCCUUACAUGCGCUCAUGUAUAGUGAUAGAUAUAAACUUCGUGAGUUGUAUCGUCCUGGUUUUCCAAUGCUUCAACAGUUCUUUUAUCAAUUAAAACAACUGAUGGCACGGUUAUUACCAAAAUUAUAUCAACAUUUUGAAAAUAUAGGAGUAGAUCCUUCUUUUUAUGCUUCUCAAUGGUUUCUUACACUAUUCGUCUAUCACUUUCAAUUUCGUGCUCUACUUAGAAUAUGGGAUAUAUUUAUGUCUGAAGGAUGGAAGAUAAUAUUUCGAGUUUCCAUCGCUUUAAUGAAAUGGGAAGAAAAACGUCUUUUGGAACUUCAACUUGAAGAAGUUCUUCCCGCGCUUAAGAAUUUGCAUGAAGGAAAAAACCCUGAUGAAAUUGUGCGUCGUGCGCAAAGCAUUAAAUUCAAGACAGCGGAGUUAAAUGCAUAUGCAGAAGAAUACUGGCGAGCACAAAAUGCAUGCAAAAAUUAG